AUGAUGGGGGAGGUGUUGAGACGGCUGGGGGGACUGGGGGAAGAGACAGUGGGGAAGGCAGCUGGGCAGGCAGGGGGGGAAACAGCAGGGGAGGUGGGAGAGGGGGAGAGGUGCGCAGGAGGGGACAGCAGAGGAGAGGAGGAGGGAGAGAAGGGGGAGGGGCGGAAGGAGGGGAGGAAGGAGGGGCGGAAGGAAGGGCAAGGGGAGGCGGAGAGGCGGCUGAUGGAAUGGGCGCUGGCUCAUGGCGCUACGUGCGAGCUGGAUGUGCGAGGUGCAUGGGGACAAGAGGUGGAGCGAUCUGCCUUGCGAGAGCACAGUACAGAAAGGGAGGAAAAAAGGGAGGAAAAAAGGGAGGAAAAAAGGGAGGAAAAAAGCGAGGAAAAAAGGGAGGAAAAAAGGGAGGAAAAAAGGGAGGAAAAAAGGGAGGAAAAAAGGGGGGAAAAAAGGGAGGAAAAAAGGGAGGAAAAAAGGGAGGAAAAAAGGGAGGAAAAAAGGGGGGAAAAAAGAAAGGAAAAAGGGAGGGGUGGCGGCGGUGGGGGCAGUGGUGGGGAGGAGAGGGGCGGAGAGGAGGACACGGACAUGGGGGGCAUGGGGGGCAUGGGGGGCAUGGGGGGCAUGGGGGGCAUGGGGGGCAUGGGGGGCAUGGGGGGCAUGGGGGGCAUGGGGGGCAUGGAGGGCAUGGAGGGCAUGGAGGGCAUGGAGGGCAUGGAGGGCAUGGAGGAUGGGGUGGAUUUGGGCAACAUCAGCGAUGAGAGCAUUGCGCUGCUGUGGACCAUUCAGCAACGGCACGACCCCUCGUGCCACCUCCUUCUCCUUCUUUACUCUCCUUCCCUCUCCUCCCCUCCCUCUCCCCCCUCUCCUCCCCUCCUUCCCCUCUCCCCCUCCUCUCCUUCCUCUCUCCCCUCUCCUCCUCCUCCUCCUUCCCCUCUCCUCCCCUCUCCUUCCCCUCUCCUCCCUCUCCCCUCCUCCCCUCCCUCCCCUCCUCCUCCCCUCUCCUCCCUCUCCUUCCCCUCUCCUUCCCCUCUCCUCCCCUCGUCCUUUUACGCCCCCUUCUUGAACGCCCUGCCUCCCGCCAUCAACACGCCAUCAACACGCCAUCAACACAGAUGGUGCCACCUCCUUCUCCUCUCCCGUCCUCACGUGAUAGCCUCGAUAAUAUCUAUGUUAGAAACCCUCUCCCAGCGCUUCCCCACGCUCUUCCCACCCGCACUCUUCUCCCUCGCCGCCUUCACAGCAGCAGCAGAGCUCUGGUAUGCCUACGCCAUGCGCAUAGCCCUGCCUUCCCCUCCCCCACAACCACAUCCUACAGCAGCAGCAUCAGCAGCAGCAGCAGGGCCAGUAUUGAGCAAGCAGGGAGCGUGGCAGUUAGGAGGAGGAGGGGCAGCCGGGCAGGCAGGGGAGACAACCGCACUGCCGUGUCUGGUGCCGCUUGCAUCUCUGCUUAACCACUCGGUGAUGCGGGCAGGGCAGCAGUGCUUCCUGUCGUACGGCCCACUGCCCUCGCACGACCUUGCUCUCUUCUACGGCUUCCUGCUGCCCUCCCGCAACCCCUACGACUGCUUCCCGCUCGACCUUGACUUUUCUGUGGAGGAGGAAUUAGCUGAAGAAGCGGAAGGAGAAGCAGAAGAAGAAGCAGAAGGAGAACAGGCAGAUGCAGAAGCAGAAGCAGAAGCAGGAGAGGCAAUAGCAGAAGCGGAAGGCAAGGAGGGUAGCAACGGAGGAGCAACGAAAGAAGAGGGGGCGAUGGAAAGGGACUGGGAGAGGACGGAUGAAGACAGAGCGAAUGGUAUCCAAGAGAUGCAAACCGUAGAGGCCGAUGCAUGCAGGGAGGACACAGCAGCUGCUGCCGCUGCUCAAGGAGAUGGGGGAGAAGCAGCAGCUCGCAGCACAGAUGCAGGCGCCACGGCAAAAAAGCCACGGCACAGCGAUACAGCCAGUGAUGAUGAUCAUGCUCCCAGCAAUGCUACCACUGAGACCCUUGAUGGGAGUGCUGCCAACACGGACAGGGACAGAGGCGGAGGCGAAAACGGUGCAGCAGAGGUAUGGCAGGGGGAGGAGCCGGUGCUGAUGCUGUCACAACACCUGUUGCGUGCGUGUGACCUUACGCUCUCUCCCACUGGCGCUGUGGUGGAGAGGGGCGACCGGGAGAGUGCGGAGGAGGAGGAGAUGGGUGCGAACGAGUGUGUGAUGAGAGGGCAGGAUGCAGAUGGAGAGAACGAUGGGGAGGACAGGGAGGAUGGAGAGGAGUGUGAGGGGGAAGGAGGGGAUGGGAGUGAGGAGGUGUGGGGAGGGCUGCCUUGGCGGCUGUGUGUGGCUCUGUGCGGGGCAGUGGGAGGGGGCAUGGAGGAGCGGAUCAUGUGGAAGGCUGAUGCUCUCUGCCCACCCCAGGCACAUAUCCCCCCUGCAGUGCGCUCUGCUGCUCUCUCCACUCUACUCGACCUUGUAGGCACGCUGCUGGCACAGGAACGAGAUCAGGAGAUGGCACAGGAGGGAGAGGAGGAUGAGGAAGAGCAGGAGGAGAGGCAGGAGGAAGGACAGGGAGAGGAGGCAUGGACGGAAAUUGCAGUCAAGAGGGUAGAGGAGCGGGGCCAGGGACAGGGGGGAGUGCAAAAGGGCACGGGUGUUGCUGAUGUGGCGGCGUGUGUGGCUGUGGCUCAGCAGUACCGUAGGGAGCAGGAGCAGCUACUGUUAUCCGUUAGAAACGAGUGUGUUAGGCUGCUUAUGAUGCUGUGA